GAAGUGUCUACAGUUGCAAAUUCUUUUUCUGACAUUGCAACUCCUGUCGACAGAAGGGUAUGGUGUAAGAGCAAGGAUACAAUGGACGUCAAUAACUCUGAAAAAGAUUUAACAUCCGUAGAUCAGAACUGGCUUCCAGAUUCGGUUGUUAAUGAACUAAAUACUGAAGAAAAUGACAUUGUCCGAUCUAUCAUCACAGAAGUAUCCAAUGAAUUCAGAUGUUCUGAGACCACAUAUGAAAAAACUCACAUAGGUUUAGAUGAAACAAACAGAUCAGAAAUUGAAGUGGAUUUUGCUAUGAAUGAGACAGGCAUAACAAGCUCACAGGCUUCCAAUGAUAAAGAAUGCGAUACAAAAGAAAGUGGUAGAAAACCAGAAUCAGUGCAAAGAAUUAAGGCUGAUGAGACGCUAUUUUCGUUUAUCCUUGAAGCACUCAAAACUGAUCAAAGUACUCUAAAACGAUGGGAGCAACGUUCUACCGAUCAUUUAAAGAAAUAUAUUUGCUCUGUGACAGCACUUUGGGAGCUCACACAUACAGAUCUCAAUGUUAUUUACAAGUCAAUUGAGCAUAGAGUUCCAAAAACAUUCAAGAAAUUUGGAAAGUCUUGGAAAAAAAAUCUCAAAGUUGAUUAUCUAGCUGAACUUUUUGGAUUGAUCACUGUACCUACUCAAAACUCCAGAGUACUUCGACUAAAAAGUCCAAGCUCUCUUAAACAACUUUCGACCAAGGUUAUUCAGUCGAAACGAUACCCAAAACUUGCUUUAAGAUCUGCUUAUGCAAAGUAUUUAUUCCCCUUUGCUUUGUUGGAAUGGCAAUCGGAGAAACCAUUUUCAAGUCCGAUGCAAGUUGAGGGAAUAGCAGAAACAAUUCCAUUCUGGUUUUCAUAUCCAGAAAACAAUACUGCAAGUGGAAGUUUACUUUGCAAAAGCAUCGAUUGCUCACAUAACCUUACCCAUCUGAGAGUUCGCACAAGUACAGUUGGUUUCUGUGGAAUAUCAUCGCAAGCCUGGAGAGAAUGCGCAAAAUCAAACGAAACAUCUUUAACAUUGCCAUUCGUCGAAGAUCUAAUUGAUAAGCAGAGCGUUCCGAACGCCCGCACGCACUUUUCUGAAGAGGUGGAAACCUGGAUGAACGAUCACGGAUUUAGCGACUCUGCUGCAUUGACAAAAAUAGUAAGAGAAUGGUAUGAUGCCUGUGAUACGCCGGGUAUCUCUGCGAUUGAACGUAUUGGAAAACUUCUUGCAAUGAGAAAAUUAUUAUUAAAAGAUGUAGAUUUCUCUUGUUUUCCACCACAUGGCCGCUACUUAAAUGGCACACCAGCAGUCACAUUUGAAGGAAUGUUAAUUGACAUUGAUACUAAAAUUCAAAUGCACAAUUUAACCAACUCGUUUAAUAUAAGAUCUAUUGGCAGUCUUGCUGCGGAAACGACUGUCGGUAUAUUACAGUCAUUGUAUCCAACUUCUCAAGUCUCUAUUAAAGCAAGGGAUGUGCCAUCACUAAUGUCCAGUGUUGUGGAUGUUAUGUCCUGUAAAAGCAAUCCAAACAGGGGCUUUCACAUGAGAACUAGUCGCACAAGUGGGAUAUAUCCUUCAUAUGAUGCCGAUUCUUCAGAAGCACAAGAACGUCAAACAAUAGAUUCAAUAAACAAGACAACAAUUGUGCCAAGAGAUCAUGCUUUUGACCUUCCGAGGAAAAAAACCUGCAAACGAAACAUUAAAUUUGGAAAAGUAUCAGGUCCGCAAGCUCCCUCCCGUGGUGCUCUGCCAGUACGUCAAUAUCACAAAACAGACGAAUCAAAGAUUUUACCUACAAAACGUCUUGGUAUCGAAAUAUAGAACUGUGGAACAUCAAGACGUCAAAUAUGGAAAUAAAGACAUGCAUAUGACAUUUGUUUUUACAUGUUCAUGUAAUGACUGUAAGAAAUAGACAAUUUUAUGCAGUAUACCAUAAAAAAUAAAGA